AUGAUUAAAGGCAUAAUUGAUGCCCUGGCCUCUGUAAGAGAGAUGAUGAAAGAAAGUGAUCAUGUGAGCGCUAUCUUAAAUGGCUUAACAGAAGAGUAUUUCUCAGUUUACAAUUCAGUACUUACCAGGUCAGAAAGUAUAACCAUCACUGAGUUGGAAGCGUUGCUACUAGCUCAUGAAAGCAUGCUUGCAAAAUUCAGGAAGCCUGAAGCGUUUAUGCAAGAAAAUAUGGCACAAUUCAGGAACUAUAACCAGAAUCCACAAGCAAGAAGAGGAGGCUUCAGAGGUGGAUUCAGAGGAAGAGGAGGCAGAAGUUUUUCUGGUGAAGGAAGGCCAGCACAAGAUUUAGCAAAUGAUGCACAGUUCACAAGUGGAAGAGGUCAGCUUAGCAGAGGAGGCAGAAUAUAUAGUGAGGACCAGUUUGAAGAAGAAAGUUAUGGAAGAGAAGGAUACAAUCACAGCAACUCAGAUCAGCUAGCUCAGCCUGAAGCUAACUUCUGCAACACGCUAUCAACACCAGCAACAGUCCAGGAUCCAAAUUGGUAUCCAGAUUCGGGUGCUACACAUCACAUGACUCAUGAAGAACAAAAUCUGAUGGAGAAAGAAGAAUACUGUGGCAAAGAGCAAGUUGUAAUCGGCAAUGGAACAAGUUUGCAAAUCUCAUUUGUUGGAAGUUCAUGUUUUAAAACAAAUCUGAGCUCUAGAAAAGGGCUUCACCAUCAUCAACAACAACAGAACCAUCUUCAGAUUCCUUUCCCCCACACUCUCUCUUACCUGCAAAAUCUCUUCGGGUUGACUCAUAAUCCGUUUGCCCCUCCUCCUAGUGUACCCCAAACCCUAACCCCAAUUCCCAACUCCAAUAUUGGAAUCAACGAUCUCAGGAGAUUAGGGUUUUCAGUUGAAACUGCCGCUACUACAACUACUAAUAUAAGCAAUAACAGCAACACUAUAGUUGAUGCUUUUGUUAUGCAGCAGGAGCUGAAGCUAAAGUUCGGGUCUUUGCCUAAGGAGGUUGAAGAUUGA